GCUCAGAUCGAUCGGGCCGAUGAAAUCGCCCGUCUGAUCGGGGCGCCGAGCUCUGGACUCGGCUUCCCUCGAGGAGAUGCCUUUGGAACUGGAUAGCGACUGCGACAACGACGACUUUUCAGCAUGGAAGAGCCCGCGCAGAAGCCCUGGAGGGGCGUCAUCCUCGGGGAAACUUUGCCUACCCAAUCCGAAGAAGCUGCAAAAGUCAGCUACGGCGUCUACUGCGGCAUUGACCCCGCGGUCUUCCAGCUCCCGGUCGCGUUCGAGCUCUCCAGCCUUCUCCCAGGCAUCUGCCGAUUCCUGGGAUGAGGGCUACGCCCAUGCUACUUCCAGAGGAAGAACCCCUAGCCCCUGUCUCUCUGAGGCGGAAGUGUUCCACACUGUGCUAGUCCAAGGCUGCCCUCUUCGGGACUUUGCAGCAGUGGUUUCUUCGGGGAACUUCCAGCGUCUUUGCAAGCACGACGAGCACAAUCUGCAGUAGGGUGCUGGCCCUCGUCAAGGCGAGACUUCCUCAAGGAAGAUGCCAGCAACAGUGACCCACGGCAUUUCUUUUGACAAUCGAAGUUUUCAUUGCAAGGCUGAGCGCUUGGGCCCUUGCACGUCUAAGCUGCGAGGCCAUCUUAUCUUCACAAAACUUUACGGCCUCUGAUGUCUGUGCCAGCUUUGCUGAUUUGCUAAGACGUCUCGUCUCAUCUCGUUUCACAAGACAUUGCACCUGCACAGAGUUAUGGAGUAGUGCAGAAGGCGUUUCAAGGCAUAUGAUGCCCACUCUGGUUUGGCA